GGAAGAUCUGAGCGUGCACAGGGGGAGGGCGCGGAAUCGGGAGGUGGAGCAGUCCCACCGCUCCGGUCCCGCGGCUGCCCCCGCCGGCCUGUCCUCUCGCUUCUCUCUUCCAUCCCGCCGCGGUUUGCUUCCCCGCCGGCCGGGCCAGCUCUGCCUUGUCGGGAUGCGGAUGUCGGCGCUGUCGCUGAUGCUGCUGCUGCUGUGCGCGGUGCAGCUCUGCGCGGCCGUGCUCGGCCGCUCGCACCCGCAGCUUCUGGUGGAGAGGAGCGGGUCCCGCAGGCUGGGCAAGGUUGGUGGCUUUGCCUGGGAGAACUGCGGUGACAGGAGGGACCCCGUGGUGCUGCAGAGCCUCUCCGUGGCACCCGACCCCAUCAGCAUCCCGGGGAGCCUGCGUGUCAGCGCGGCCGUCAACAGCGGCAAGACCAUGGCCUCCCCUCUGAAGGCGGUGCUGGUGGUGGAGAAGGCGCUGGGAGACCUCUGGAUCCAACUACCCUGCAUUGACCAGCUGGGCAGCUGCACCUACAACGAUGUCUGCACCAUCCUGGAUGAGCUCAUCCCACCCGGCACGACGUGCCCAGAGCCCCUGCUCACCUAUGGCAUCCCCUGCCACUGCCCCUUCAAAGCGGGCUCCUACUCGUUGCCAGCCAGUGACUUCGUCCUGCCCGACAUGGAGCUGCCUUCCUGGAUGACCAAUGGCAACUACCGCGUCCGGGCGGUCGUCAGCAAUGGUGGGGAGGAGCUCGGCUGCGUCAAGCUGGCCUUCUCCCUGCAGUCCCAGUGAGGGGCAGGGGAUGUCCCUCUGCUCCCCACCACCUUGUCUCCUGUCCCAUCCCAUCCCAUUGCACCCCAUUCCAUCCCAACCCACCCCUGUGAGGUGCAUCCCUCCUGCUGCCAGGAGGAGGCAGCUCCAUACCCCUGCUCGGUGCUCCUCUGGCUGUCCUGCUGUCCCCAGCCCCAUCACCAGGGUGUCCCCUGCCAUGGACAGGGUGGCCUUGGAGCCUAACCCCAGCUUUUCAGCAUGACCUGGGGGUACUUGUCUUACACGUGGUUUCUCUUUUUCUUAAUCCCGUUAGGGUAAUUUUAGACAGAAACAUUCCAGGGAAAAGCAAUAUUUCUUGGAGCAGUCCAUGGGGAGGAGGGAGUGUUUGGGAAUGCUGGGGCAGGCUGGAGGGUUGCAGGAUUAGCUGCGGAGGGUGUCCCUGCUUGCCCCCACCGCCUCUGGCCAGGGCUGUUUUGGUUCCUGAAAAACAGGGCUGUUUUACGGAAGUGUCCCCAGAAUGAGCACACUUCAGCACAUGCCUGUCCUGCACAUGGAAGCAGUUUGGUGACAUGAGACACCCACAAGGACACCUCCUUGUACCCCUCUGCCACAAACAUCACAAGCACAAGAGAGCUGAAACCACCCAAGCCCCAGAUGGACAUUCCCACUCGUGAGGGACGAAGUCCCAGCAACAAGAGAGGUGGCUGGACACUGGCUGCGCCCAUUCUGGCAGGAGGAACAUGGCUGUGACGGGCACCAGAGGCACAGCCUGGCCAAGGACAAGUCCCACUCAUCUCAUUUUGCCACUGGGACUGAGCCGAGGCAGGACACUGCCCUGGGAGCAUCCUUCCAGUGCACCACAACAUGGAGCAGCAUCCUGGCCAUGGGAUGGUCUGGGAGAUGACCAUGAAGAUCAGCAGCCUAGUUCCUAUUUGGGGGCCCUGCAGCCCAUCUCCUGGCUGCAGCUGGGUGCUGAGGUAUGGGCAGGCAGCAUCCUUCCUGCCUGCAGCUCCUGCCUGCCCAUGCCAGGCCCCCAUGGGGCAGAGGUGCAGGUGACCUGCCAGCCACCAGCAUCCCUCACUGUCACUUCCUCCUGGCGUUAUUUAGCCUCUCCAUAGGGCUGGUCUUCCUCCAAGCACUUUAUAUGCCUUAACUACUGCCAGGCUGCCCCGGCGGGAGGUCCUCUGCCACGCAGAUGUUCUCCCACCGCCUUUCUGUGCCCUCAACUCGCUUCGCUUCAUCCUGCUGCUGGGUUCAACGGGGUUGUUUUGCCUGGAGAAGCACUAACCCUCUUGCCCCGCUCCCCACUGUCAUGCAGUGCCUGUGCCAGGGCCGCAUCCUCCUUUUGGGCAGGUUCUUAAUAAAUCUUUUUACCAGGAA